AUGGCUCACGAUUCGUUCUGCACUGACAAACUGAUAGAAACGCCAGGCACGGUCUUCUCGAGCCCGUCGCGACACGCCAAGAAGAAGGUCAACUAUGCUGAAUCCGACGAUGACGAUGACGAUGACGCUCCGUUCAAGCCAGUUUCUGGCAAUGGACGCGCUGCUAAGCGGCGUCGGAUCAGUGUCAAAGACGACUCGGAUGAUGACGAGUUCGGUCUCGAUGCCGCCACCCUAGCCGCGAUGGAGAUCGAUGAAGAAAUGGACGACUUCGUCGUUGAUGACGACCUUGAGGAUGACGAGAAGCCUAAGAAGCCUAAGAAGAAGGCUUCAGCCUCGUCCUCAGCAAAAGCAUCAAAUCACAGCUCCGUCAGAUCGCCUUCACCUUCGCCGUUCAGAGAAGCCAGUGAGGAGGCUCCAACAAAGUCGACUGCCCAACAAUGGACCUUUGAUCCGGAUGCACCACCAUCGACCGAGCCAAGGAAGCGUCCGACUGUCGUAAAAUCGACGAGCAAUGGCCCGCCAAAGAAGCAGAAGGCCCACGCAACGGAUCCUGCAGAUCGGUAUCCUUGGUUAGCUGCCAUUCAAGAUGCUGACCGACAUACUCCUGAUCACCCAGACUAUGAUCCUCGGACACUCUAUGUUCCACCUGGAGCGUGGAACAACUUCUCGCCAUUCGAGAAGCAGUAUUGGGAGAUCAAGUGCAAGUUCUGGGACACGAUCGUCUUUUUCAAGAAAGGCAAAUUCUACGAGCUUUACGAGAAUGAUGCUACCAUCGGCCACCAGCUGUUCGAUCUAAAGCUCACUGAUCGAGUCAACAUGCGAAUGGUUGGCGUGCCGGAGGCUAGUCUCGAUCACUGGGCAAAUCAGUUCGUGGCAAAAGGAUUCAAGAUCGCCAGGGUUGAUCAAAUGGAGACAGCACUUGGCAAAGACAUGCGAGAACGCGACCAGAAAGGUGCAGCAAAGAAGAAAGAAGAGAAGGUAAUCCGCAGAGAACUUGCGUCGGUAUUGACAGCCGGUACUCUGGUGGAAGGCAGCAUGCUUCAAGACGACAUGGCCACUUAUUGUGCUGCUAUCAAGGAGACCGAGAGCGAAGGCAAGCCUGCCUUCGGUAUUGCCUUCGUUGACACCGCUACGGCGCAAUUUCAUCUUGCGGAGUGGGUCGACGAUGCAGACAUGACCCGCUUCGAAACAUUUGUCGCGCAGACACGUCCUGGAGAGCUCAUCCUCGAAAAAGGCUGCAUCUCUGCAAGAGCGCUUCGAAUACUUAAGAACAACACUCCUCCCACAACAAUCUGGAACUAUCUCAAGCCGGACAAGGAGUUCCUGAGCGCCGACAAGACUCGCAUGAAAAUGAAUGGAGAAGCAUACUUCGUGAAGUCUGAAGACGACGAAGCAGCUGACAGUUGGCCGAAGGUCCUGCGCGAAGCUGAGACAAAGGAGAACACUUUCUCUGCCUAUGGCGCCCUCGUAUGGUACUUGAGCAUGCUCAAGAUCGAACGAGACUUGAUUACCUGUGCCAACUUUUCCUGGUACAAUCCCAUACGCAAAGCUUCCAGCUUGGUCCUUGACGGCCAGAGCCUGAUCAACCUGGAAAUCUUCGCCAAUACCUUCGAUGGUAGCACCGAAGGCACGCUCUUCACAAUGCUCAACCGAUGUGUCACUCCAUCUGGCAAGCGCACGUUGCGGCAGUGGGUAUGCCAUCCACUUGCUGAUGCAAGAAAGAUCAAUGAACGCUUUGAUGCUGUGGAUGCUCUCAACGCCGACGGCACUGUCAUGGAUAGGUUCACUGCAUCAUUGUCGCGCCUGCCUGAUCUCGAGAGAUUGAUUUCUCGCGUGCAUGCAGGGCGCUGCAAAGUGCAGGACUUUGUCAAAGUGCUUGAAGGCUUCGAACAGAUCGAGUACACAAUGUCCCUCCUCAGCUCGUUUGGUGACGGCGAGGGUCUUCUUGGACAGCUUAUCUCAGCUAUGCCAAACCUGCAGACACCUUUGAACCACUGGAAGGAAGCCUUCGACCGCAAGCAAGCAAAGGAACAAGGACUGCUCAUUCCUCAGCCUGGUGUCGAGGACGAUUUUGACGAAAGUCAAGAGCGCGUGGACGGCGUCGAGAAAGAGCUUAACAAGCUGUUGCAACGAGCAAGAAAGGACCUAGGAUCCAGUGCCAUCAAAUUUACCGAUAAUGGAAAGGAGAUCUAUCAGCUUGAGGUACCCAUCAAGGUUAAGGGUAACAUCCCAAAAAACUGGAAGCAGAUGUCUGCGACGAAGCAGUGCAAGCGGUGGUACUCACCUGAAUUGGAAGGACUGGUACAGGAUCUUAAGGAGGCUCAGGAAAUGCAUGCCCAAGUCGUCAAGGCAUUGGCAGGUCGCUUCUUCGCCCGUUUUGAUGAGGACUAUACCACCUGGCUUGCAGCCAUCAAGAUCAUUGGUCAGCUUGACUGCCUGAUAUCGCUUGCAAAGGCCUCCUCUUCACUUGGAUCGCCGUCUUGCCGGCCCGAAUUCAUUGAAGACGACCACGCUCGCAGCGUGCUCGAAUUCCAAACACUCCGCCACCCAUGCAUCGAAACUACGACGAACUUCAUCCCCAACGACAUUGCUCUUGGCGGUGACCAGGCCUCCAUCACUUUGCUUACAGGUGCCAAUGCCGCUGGUAAAUCGACCAUUUUGCGCAUGACUUGCAUUGCAGUCAUCCUUGCCCAGAUCGGCUGCUACGUGCCCUGCGAGUCCGCUCGCAUGACACCUGUCGACCGAAUCAUGUCUCGCCUGGGAGCUCACGAUAAUAUUUUUGCCGGGCAAAGCACCUUCAUGGUUGAGCUCAGCGAAACCAAGAAGAUUCUGGCAGAAGCUACACCGCGCUCUCUGGUCAUCCUGGACGAACUUGGACGUGGAACAAGCAGUUACGACGGCGUUGCCGUUGCUCAAGCCGUGCUCCAUCAUAUAGCCACCCAUGUUGGCUCUCUCGGAUACUUCGCCACGCAUUAUCAUUCUCUCGCAGCGGAGUUCCAGAAGCAUCCUGAAGUCAUCGCGAAGCGUAUGGCUGUCAAGGUUGAUGAUGAUAUUCGCGAUGUGACGUUCUUAUAUCACCUCGAAGAUGGUGUGGCAGAGGGCAGCUAUGGUAUGCAUUGUGCUGCCAUGUGUGGAAUACCUGACAAGGUCAUCACACGUGCUGAGCAAGCUGCUGAGAACUGGGAGCAUACUGGAAGGAUCAAGGAGAGCCUCGAGAAAGCGAUGGAGAGUAGCUGGUUGCCACUUGGUCUGCUGAGUGAUGUCAGCUGGCUGCUCAAAGAGCGCUCCGAGGAGGAUGAGAAUAUUUCUGACGGAAGUUUGGAAGUGUUGAGGAAAGCCAUUGCGGCGUUGUAG